AUGCCGGGAAGUGGUCGUGUGUACGUGAUCGGAGUGGACAGCACCAAGGUUCAUAUCGCCGCGGUGAUCCCUGACCCGGCCACGGAGAAGACCACGGAAGUGGGUGUGGCAGGCUCUCUGGGCAGCGGCUACACCGAGCCCGAGUCGGGGGCAGACAAGCUGAAGCGCAGGGUGAAGGAGGUCGAGGACAACUUCACCACCCUCUACGCCCCGGUCCUCAAGGAGACUGGCAUUCACUACGAAGUUGCUGUCCUGCUCACGCCAUCCAAGACCAAGGCAAUCGGGGAGGUGCUCGUCAGCUAUGCCGAGAAGGUCCAUGCCAGCGCCAUCGUGAUGGGCAAGUCGGACCGCAGCGCCCUCCAGGAGCUCUUCAUCGGGUCUGUCGCCAAGGUCAUCCUGAAGAGUGCCACCGUGCCCGUCAUCAUCAUCAACUGA